GCAAAUGCAGACUGGUCGAUUUUGUCAUCCAUUCGAGCGACCGAGAAACGGAGCGAUGAUGGCCGAUUCACAGUCCAGGCAGGUUGUCGUGUCAGCGCAGCUGCUGCUGCUGCUGCUUCUGGGCUCGUGCAUGGUGCACGAGAUUGAGGCGGUGGAGUACGCGAGCCAGCGAGUGAACGACCUCGAGACGGUGGUUCCUCCAUACCUGGACUCCUUUGGAGCUCCGAGCGCCCAGGUCAAGGUGUACUACAGAACCAAUAGCACGGUCGGGAAAUUGAAGCUGGGCAAGUUGUACGACAGGAAUCAAACGCAGGCUGCGCCUCACGUCGUGAUCAAGGGCGACGCCGUCCAGAAGAAUGAUUUCUACACUCUUCUGACCGUCGACCCUGACGCCAGAAGUCCCACGAAUUUCACCGCCAGGAACAUCCUGCAUUGGAUGGUGACCAACAUUCCCGGCAAUAUCAAGAGCAGUCAAGCAAUUACGGACGUCGGUGACGUAAUCCAGCCUUAUGCGGGUCCCGCACCUCCGAUCGGCACCCAUCGAUACAUUUUUCUGCUCUUCAGUCAGGGCUACAAGAAGAUCGAAGUGCCAGCUCCUACAUCGCGCGCUUUGUUCAGCGUGCGCAACUUCACCACCACGUACCAGCUUGGUUGGCCCCUGGGUGGAACUCUCUUCCGCGCUUCAUUCGACGACCAGUAGUAAUACUUCUGACUUCCUUUAUUGGUUGGCAAGAAAUAAUUCAAGCUUUCUCAUUCUCUUGGUUCAUGUCAAGCUUGGUCUGUCCUGGCUCCUUGUAAUCUUUGGAAAUAAAUAAUGCCAUAAAAGUGGGUGAGGUGAAAAUGGAGCCCAAC